AUGCGGGAAUACUGCUCGGGGGAUGGACUUUCGGAAGGAUGGAGAGGCCUCAAUAGGGUUUGCGGAGAGGAUGAGGGGAUGGAACUUCUGCCGUGGUCUAUUGUGGAUGAUGUUACGGACGCAGAGGUGCAGACUUGGCCUAUUCUUACCUAUGAGGAUACUCAACUCGGUGCGCAGUUUAAUACUUCUGUCUCGGUUGAUCGAGGUCUCUUUCAGAUUGGAUAUCAGACCAUUAUCAAAGAACAAGGCGGCAUAAUUAUGGGUAAACAAUCAAACUCCACACACACACAGACACACACUUCGUCCGUUUUUUGGUAUUUUCUAACAUCUGGAAUUUUCAGGUAUGCGAUACUCGGCUUCUGGGGACUUGUCGUCCUUUUCGGUACCAUUCAUAACUUCGUUCGAUACCUGACGAGCUCAUCUAUCCUUCGGUCAAAAACGAUAGCUAGAUGUCAAAGCUUUCUCGGCCGGUACUUUGCCGUGCCACCCAUCAUGACAACUAGGCAAACAAGUCAAUUUUUCAGCAUACCUUCCACUCCAAGACUACAAACGAUCAUCAUUUCGAUAUACUUCAUCAUCAGCAUUGUGCUGAUGUGUGCCCCCUACCAUGCAUUCUCCGAAAACCUUUAUUUUACCAAGAAGUCCACACAGCUAUGGCGGUACAUCGGAGAUAGAGCGGGUGCUUUGGUCAUCAACAAUCUGCCCGUGAUGUGGCUAUUCGCGACGCGAAAUAAUAUCCUCUUAUGGGCAACAGGUUGGGAUUUUGCCACUUUCAACACAUUUCACCGUUGGAUAGGCAGGGCGUGUGCCAUUUUGAUCUUUCUGCAUGGAAUGGCAGUUUGUAUUUACCAAAAUAAAGAGCUGGGAACGGAAGUUUUCCUUCCUCUUUGGAAAGAUGUCGACUGGUAUAUGGGUGUUGUUGCUGGUUGCUCGAUAAUAUUGACAACUCUUUUCGCAAGCUCACCAAUUCGCAAGGUGGUUUACGAUCUAUUUUUGAUCGUUCAUCAAAGCUUUGCUGUUGCUUGUUUGGUUGGAUUGUGGUAUCAUCUACCAGUUGACGGUCCCGACUACGUCAACUUCAUCUGGCCAUGUAUUGCCGCCUGGUCAUUCGAUAGAUUGAUCAGAAUAUUCCGACUCUUGACCUGGAAUAAAUUCGCAUCCUACUCUUCUGCGGAGUACAACCGCGACGCGAAUGUUAUCCAGUUGAAGACCAGAGUACGACAGAUCACCUCUCCCUACCCUGGAAGCUACUACUAUGUUUACGGCUGGCGCUCUCUUAAGUUCUGGGAAAGCCACCCAUUCACCUUAAGCGGUUGGAACACGAUAAACACGACAGAGGAGUCAUAUACGGAGCUCAAAUUCCUCAUCAGCGUGCAAAACGGAUUUACCUCCAGGCUUCGAAGCCAACUCCUCCGUCAUGAGAAACCCGGCAUCGACGUCUCAUCAGAAGCGAGAAAAGCCUGCAUCUCUGUCGAGGGCCCUUACGGCUCUCAUUUCCGCCCGUGGAAUUCCCAAACCGCCCUUUUCGUCAUUGGUGGGGCCGGAAUCACGAUCUGGUCGAUUUGGUGCAGAGUGGCAAGCAUGUUGAUCAGAGGAUCAGGGGGGGUGAAGAUCAUCUGGGCUGUGAAAAAUCCGGCAUUCUAUCAAUUUGUCUACGAGCGGUAUAUGGCGGCUUGGGAAGACGUCUUUGCGUCAACGGAUAUCGAGCUAUCGCUGGAUGUCUACUUCACAACUUCUCCCAAGAACGCUUCGGAUGAUGAGAUAUCGGGAUCAGAGAAUCAUGUCGAGCCUAGCGAGAGUAUAAAGAAUUGGGACACCGUUAUCUCGCCGUCGUCCUCAUCCAAGUCUCAUAUUGCGACGGAGAAAGUGCGCUCUGAGGAGGGCCCUCGAAAUCCGGGCGCCGGGCCUCUGAAAACAACUUUCUUCCAAGGAAGACCGUUGAUCGACGAAUUGGUUAAAAGCCAGAUUGAAACUUUGCAAUCCUCUGGGGUAAAUCAUCUCGCAUUUGUUGGCUGUGGUCCGGCAACAAUGGCCCAUGAUAUACGCCUCUCUUAUGUCAGCUCUUCGGAUAAUGGGCAAGUUGCGGUUGACUUUCACUUGGCCCCAUUUGGUUGGUAA